GAUAUAUUCGCAAACUAUGUCGGGCUAGUGUGAGUAUCACAGUCGACCUAUAAAAGAGUUGAGAAGGACCUCGUUGAACAGUGCUUGUCGUGCCGGUUCAUAGGUUGUCUGUUUUUUGAACACAUUAAAAGAAACAGAAACAUGAAGGUUGUCCCAGUAAUCGUUGGCAUACUGGUGGCUUGCGCAGUGACCCUGGCGGCUGAACACGGUCCCUUGUUGACUGCACUUCAGCCCCAGGACCAACAAGUCGUUGUAUUACAUCCUCAAGUUAGAGAGAAAAGGCAUUUAGCAUUAGGAGCCCUGGGCAUUGGCGCGUUAGGUGCCGGUCUUUUGGGCGCUGGAGUGCUGGGUGCUGGUGCCCUGGGAGCUGGAGUUUUAGGGGCGAAGGCCCUUGGUGCUGGUGUAGUCGGCGGUGCUCUGGCCUCAUCUGCACUCUCCGGCAGGAGCUAUGGGGGAUACUACGGCGGAGGUUAUUCCAGCUAUGGCGGGUAUGGUGGAUACAGGAGCUACGGUUAUCCCAGUUCUUACAUCGUAGAAGAAGAUUGGUAUUAAUUAGUGUUAAGUUAAAAAUAAGUGUUGCUAUGUUAAUAAUUUAUGACUGAUGUUGAUGAGUGUUUAAAUUGUGAAUGCAAAUCAAAUGGAAACAAUAAACACUAUACAAAAUUA